AGAACACCAGCAAGUGCACCCGAAAAACCCCGUUCUUCUUUUUCAUUUUCAUUUUUACAUAUAUUUUUUUUUUUUUUUUGGGACUUUCAAUUAAAAAGGACAAACAAGUUAUUCAAUUAAGUGAAAGUCCUUUAAAUCUUUUAAAUUAGGUGGGAGGGACAAAAUUUUUUUGAGCUUUUUUUUUAAUUUUUCCGUUCCAACAAUUUAUCCCAAUUGUAAAACAAUUUUGAUAGUUAUUUGACAACUGACUGUGCUAAAUUGUUCAAAUAAUUAAUCUAAUUGUCCAAUAACUAUCCCAAUAUUCCAUGCCUUAGUUUGUUUUUCCCACCGGUCCCCUCCCCUUUUUUUUAAUUGGAAACUUGGAAGGCCUUCGGGUUUCUAUAGCUACUCCUUCUAUAUGAUAAUAAUAAAAUACUAUAUAGUACUAAAUCUACACUCUCUUGAAAUCACUGUUCAAAAUCCCUUAGCUUUUUUCAUCCAUAAUUUCAGGGGAUAAUGGUGAAAAAGGCUAAGAGAAAGGCCAGAGCUGCCGCGAAGGAGAAGCAGAAUCCUGUGGCAUCUCCAAAUCCUAUUGAUCAACAACACACUCAAAAAGUCAAUGCACCUGAGGAUGGAGUUAUAGCUGUGAAUGAGAAAAAGAUAUGCCCCCAUAUUGAUAAGGGUAUUGAUGUGGAGAAAGUCUCUACUAAACUUCGCUCUUCAGGACCUGUUAAAUGUGAAGAUUGCAGGGAAGGAGCAGUUAAUCGACGGGCUGGUAAAGGAAAAGGUAAACAUGGAAAAAAGAAGGGAGGUGGAGAAUCAACGUCAGCAUCUAAAGCCAUUUGGGUCUGUCUAGAGUGUGCUCAUUUUUCGUGCGGAGGUGUUGGAUUUCCCACUACUCCUCAGAGCCAUGCAGUUCGGCAUGCAAGACAAUACCACCACCAUUUGGUUGUACAAUUUGAAAACCCUCAGUUGCGAUGGUGUUUCCCAUGUGAUAGACUAAUUCCUGCUGAAAAGGUAGAGGAUGGCACUGAACACAAAGAUGUAUUACAGGACAUUAUCAAGAUUAUUAAAGGGCGGCCAUCUGAAGGGCCUAGUGUUGAUGUUGAGGAUGUUUGGUUUGGGAAGGGGAGUAGCACGAGCGGGAUCAAUUCAGCAGCUAGUCUUGACAUUGGUGCUUACAGAAAAGGUGGUUAUAUUGUUAGGGGAUUGUUUAAUUUAGGUAACACAUGUUUUUUCAAUUCAAUAAUUCAAAACCUACUAGCACUGAACAGAUUACGGGAUUACUUUCUUGAACUGGACGAAUGUGAUGGUCCUUUUGCUGCUGCUUUUAGAAAGCUCUUUGCUGAGACGAGUAUCGGAGAUGCCUCACGAAAUGCUAUAAAUCCAAAAUCCUUUUUUGUUUCUCUCUGUGCGAAGGCUCCACAGUUUAGGGGAUAUCAACAACACGACAGUCACGAGUUGCUUCAUUGUUUGCUUGAUGGUUUGUCUACCGAGGAAUUGACUGCAAGAAAGAAACUCAAGACUAGUCAGGAUGACGGCAAGUCUCCUACUUAUGUUGAUGCCAUCUUUGGGGGUCGUCUCUCCAGUACUGUUACUUGUCUGGAGUGUGGACACUCUUCAUUAGUCUAUGAGCCAUUCUUGGAUCUCUCAUUACCGGUUCCCACUAAGAAGACUCCAUCUAAAAAAGCUCAACCAGUUUCCCGACCGAAGAAAUUAAAACAUGCUCCAAAGAAAAGUGGAAGAGGGCGCCCCAAAAUUAGCAGAGAUGCAGCUUCUCCUAAUCUUCAAAGUGCUCAAGAUAGCGGUAGCAAGUCGUUUUGUCAGGUGCAGCCUAGUGGGCCCAUCACUGAAGGAACAGAAGUUCCUUCUGAUUGUGCAUUGCAAGAUUCUCUUGAUGCUAGUUAUGUGGCUGAUAAUAUGGGUUUGUCUUCACAUAAUUUUGAUUCCUCUUUGAAGUCUAGUAAUGAGAAAAAUGUCAACAGGGUUACUGGAGAGCUGACUUCAGAGGACAACUUCACAUGGUUGGAUUAUCUUGAUCAAGAUAUCCUGCCUAAUGAUAAUGACAUGGCUUCUCAAAUAACGUCUCAUGAUCUGUAUUCCUCUCAGAAGUCGAAUAAUGAACAAAAUGACGAUGUUGUUACUGGACGGUCAACUUCAAUGGACUAUAUUACAUGUUCGGAGUAUCUUGAUCAAGAUAUUAUGCCUAAGAGUGAUGAUGUUGCAUCACAAAAUGAUAUUCGGUCUAAUCAGGGUUGUGCAACUGAAAAUGUUGUUCAACCUAAUAAUGUCGCCUUGCAAAAUGAUCUGAUUGCUCCUAGCGACAGUAAAUUGACAUGUGGUGAGGAAGCUUGUUCUCCAGGUAAUUUAAUGUGCUUGGAUGAUCAAGGACGAUCUAAGUCAGCAGACUGCAAUAUAGCUUCUCAACUUGGUAAAGACCGGGAUGCUAGAGAAGUCGAGCAUAACUCAGCAUCAAGCAGCCAGUUCCGCUCGGUGGAUUCAAAUCUCGAUUCAUCAUUAAGGCUUGAGGAAGUUGAAGCCCCAUUACAGGUAAAAGAUUCAGAAAUUCUGUUGCUUCCAUAUAAAGAAGAAACCUCAACUACCAGUGAAGUACUAAAAGGAGAAGAUGUGGUGUACCCAGAUGCUGCUGGCUGUGAACAAGAUACUUUGGACUUUGAUGGUUUUGGUGGCCUGUUUAAUGAACCUGAGCCGGUAGCAGGGCCAGCUGAAAAACCUUUACCAAAUGGAUACGGAGAAGCUAGUUCUGUUGUUGGAAACAGCACAGAGUCUGAUCCAGAUGAGAUUGAUAAUACGGAUGCUCCAGUGUCGGUGGAGAGUUGUUUGGCUUGUUUCACAAAGCCUGAGCUUCUAUCUAAAACAGAACAUGCUUGGCAAUGUGAAAACUGUGCAAAACUUCUACGAGAAGAGAGAAUGCGAUUGAAGAAUAAAUUGCCGAAACCUGGAUCAGGGGAUCUGGGGAAUGCGCCCGGGGACAGUGAUCCAAGGGAUAUUGAUGUGAGAGCCACUAAUGGAAGUGUCGGGAAAGGUUUGUCAGAUGCUUUUGAUGACAGAUUGGUGUAUCAAAAUGGAACAAAUGGUAACUUGAACUGCACACCAGAAACCAGCCACAGAUCUGACCAAGAUCUAGUCCCUCGCCCAUCAGAAGAUGGGGUUCAUUCCAGUCAGGAUGAAGCUUGUAGUCUAGUAAAUUGUGACAAUCAGAACAAUGGAGUUCAGUUGGAUGAACGUGCUGCUAAUUAUGAAUCUGGAGAAAGUGAGAUCGAGACAGACUCUAAAGGCGUCAAAGUGGAAAGAGAUGCAACUAAAAGGAUACUCAUUGAUAAAACCCCUCCUAUUUUGACAAUUCAUCUAAAGAGGUUCAGCCAAGAUUCUCGUGGACGCUUAAGUAAGCUGAGUGGCCAUGUGAAUUUCAGAGAUACUAUUGAUAUCACAACCUUUGUUGAUCCCAGGUGCCUGAAGAAGGAGGUUUACAAAUACCGACUUGUGGGUGUCGUGGAACAUUCAGGUACUAUGAGAGGAGGUCACUAUGUUGCAUACGUUAGAGGAGGCCCAAAGAUCGCUGGCAAAGACAAGGACGCGGAAGAUUAUGUGUGGUAUUAUUCCAGUGAUGCCUACGUACGAGAGGUCUCAUUGGAAGAAGUUCUUCGCAGUGAAGCCUAUAUUUUGUUCUACGAAGAAAUUUGAAAUACCAAUAUCUUUGCAAUUCUUUAAACAUCAAGAUGUUCGCGUGGGGUUGUGCCGAUCACCCUACAUGUUCGCGUGUGAGAAACACAUACGUAUACACACAACCCGGAAGGGGUUUUCGGGAGGCGGUUGGAAGGAAAAAUGUGAGUUGUAGUACUACAAUCAUAGAGUAUUAACACCCAUUUUUUGUUAUUUCAAGUUUCAUUGUGCCAUCACUUAAAGAUGUACAUGUUGGGAAAUGCAUGUUGAGGAAGGGUGUAAUUCUUUCAAAGUUUGAUAGAUACAAAUGAUAUACACUCUCAAAGAAUGGGAUAUUUUCAAGAA